AUGACCAAAAAAAGAAGAAACGAUUUUCAUGCCAAAAAGGGUCGCGAUCAUGUGCAGCCAAUUCAUUGUAUAAACUGCGCCCGGUGCAUGCCCAAAGACAAGGUCAUUAAGAAGUUCGUCAUUCGGAACACUGUAGAGACCGCUUAUGUCAGGGACACAUCCGAAGCAAGUGUCUUCAACGUUUAUGUGCUUCCCAAACUCCAUGUGAAGCUGCAUUACUGUGUGAGCUGUGCUAUUCAUAGCAAGGUAGUCAGGAAUCGAUCCCGUGAAGCCUGCAAGGACUGAACACCCCCACCACGAUUCAGACCUGCUGGUGCUGCACCAGGACCUCCAC